UUGGAGAGAGAUUGACUACACGAACGGCUUGCGACGGAUUUUCCAUAGUGAUUGAGCUCAAUACAAGGUGCAAGACAUUCAUUUAGUUCGCACCCGCGGAGUAAACUCUUCAAGUUAGAAAAUUGGAAGAUUGGACGAUUAUUGUCUCCUCAAGUUCGGUCAUGGUCCAAAUGCAAGAGAAAAGUCGGCCACUGAAACGGUCUCUGAACCCGUUCAGCAUCCGUCGUAUGCUCGGCACCGACAGAGAAAGCGACGAUGACGAUAACGCAGACGAUAACGUGGUUUCUGGUAACACCCGGAAGAACAGCGAGGGGGCUGUGGACGAUACGUUCAUUGACGUGUUGGGCGAGAACAACAAGUCUGACAAUAUCAACUGUGUUUCUGGCGGGAACGAAACGGAGGAUCGCCGUCUGGUGGAAGCAGACGAGAGUUUGAAUGUGACAGACGACAGUUUGAAUGUGACAGACGACAGCAAGAACUACGAGAGCGACGCGGCAGACGAGAACAAACGAGCAGACGAUAAUAAACCUGAAGCUGAAGGCGACGACAAGAAACAGCAGGAGGAGAAGAAGGCGGAGAAACCUCCGUUUUCUUACAACGCCUUGAUCAUGAUGGCGAUCCGAAGUAGCGCCGAGAAGCGACUGACCCUAAGUCAGAUUUACGAGUUCAUCAUGAAGAACUUCCCGUACUACAAGGACAACAAGCAGGGCUGGCAGAACUCCAUCAGACACAAUCUCAGUCUGAACAAGUGUUUCGUCAAAGUUCCUCGUCACUAUGACGACCCGGGGAAAGGAAACUACUGGAUGCUCGACCCUUCUUGUGACGACGUCUUCAUCGGUGGCACCACCGGGAAGCUACGACGACGAUCGACCCUGGCGUCAAGGAGCAGACUAGCAGCGCUCAAGAGGGUGGGUUUCUCACCCUUUACGCCUUCAUCGUACCCGUUCCCAGCCGAUCGAUUCAAUCCCUACACGACGUGCACCCCUCUGUACUCUCUGCCUGGCUUCUCGGUAGCGGGUGGACGGUAUUCAGCCAUGCAGUAUCAGAGGUAUCCGAUACAGGUUCCAGCUCUACCAACACAGGCCGACAGAAUUAUUCAGAAAGGACUGAGUUUUUCCGUGGACAAGAUACUUUCAGGAAGUUCAAUAUCUCCCGAGUCCAGCGUGUCCUCGCAGAGUUCACAACCACCGUUACUGUUCGGGGGUAUGGGAAAACCCGACUCAGCCUUUGAUGUCUGGCGCGCAUCCAUCUUGCUGAGAGGCUUUCAAGGCCUGGACCCCAGACUAGGAGGUGCUGACAUUUAUCAACACAUGCGGUCAGGGUCACUGGGCCAGCAGUCGAACUUGUCACCGUACGGAGCCCACACAAGAUACUCUGAUAUGAACCCUGGUCUGGUGUCCUCGCCCAGUUCGCCUUUUACUCCUGUUAAUGUAAACGAUAAACCAUAGUUUGGUAACAAUACUCGAGAACUGCAAUGGUUUUGACUCUAUGAUGUGUCAGUUGGUUGGAGUAGUAGACACUGCAACAGCAUUCUGUGAAGAAUGUAAGUAUGGAUUGUUGGUGGAAAUUGUGUUUGUUGGACAACACAGACAUUUUCACGUCAGUUUUGUGGUUAAAGAUUUUGUUUUAAUGGCAUGACACCACUGUAAGACUGAGCACAAUUUGACAACUUUUGAGCAAAACAUUUUUGGUUUCGGAACAUUGGAAUAUUUUUGUUUAUUGUAACAAGCAAUAUAUGUGUACAUGUAUUUAUUAUUUUAUGUUGCAGUUAUUAAAUUAAUAAAAAUAUAUU